GCGAAUCACACGUGUUGAGCACUCAAGUGUGUUUUCUGAGUGUCUCAGCCAGACACAUCAUGCAGCACGCAGUCGGCAAGCUGGCUGUGCCAAAAAAGAAACCGAUUCCCUUUCCCAAUCGCAGGCAGCCAGUUUAUCACCCGCAUCGUUACAGACAGACACACAGCUCAACGGAAAGGAGGCCCACACCCUUGAUUGAGUCCAGGCAGAGAGUCUUACUCACUUCAUCGAUGGCCGCCAGUCGAAGCUCCUUUCUCACUCAGUGUCAGGCACCGCAUCGAGAAGCAGAAGAGAGCAGACAGACAGGGAGGGAGGUAGCCAGCCACCCCCACACACAGGCUACCUGCCCAACGAGAAACAGACUCCCAAACCACUGUCAUCCCAGCAGCAGCAGCAGCAGCCAUCAUCCGUCAGUUUCCCCACCGUGUUUGCCCUCCCGCCUGUGUGUGUGGGUGGCUGGCCACGCUGGAGGGGCUCAUUGACGGCUGCUGCUGAUGCUGCUGCUGCAAACUGAUGUAGCCCACCUGCACAUAAACGACGCGCAGGUGAUGCUGGCUGCCUGUGAAAACCAGGCCUUAUAUUUGCUCACUGAUGUCGUUGUGUCCGCCGCACUCUGCUGCACCAAGGGGGUCGUCGGCGCCGCAGAAGGUGCACUAGGUGGAAGAGGAGGCGGGUGCUGCGGCAUGUCUUCGUCAGGCCCCCAUUCACGGAGCGCCGCCACCGCCUGACCCACCUGAACGACAACAACACGGGACAGAAGAGAACAGGACAGACAACGAUGGAUGGCCAUCCGUUUCCGCUCUGGUGCUGCCUGUGAGUCGUUCAGUGAUAUGCGCGCCUCACUCACUCACCAGUUGUUGCUGCUGUGUCAGCAACAUCUGCUGCGCCGUCUGAACUUGAGCCCAGUACUGCACACAACACACACACGCACAACACGCACGCACACAGACACAGAGGGUGGUGCGAAUGUGACUGUCCAUGUGUGUAUUUGGAGACGUACUUUCAUCGCUGGCUGCAUUGCCACUAUCUGCUGCUGCAGUCCCGCGAUGUGCUGCUCCAUAGCGCAGAUCUGCUGCCGCAGCUGGGCCUCUACCUGCUGGAGUUGGCGGAUUUGCAGGUUUUUGUCGGCGAUCGCGUUGGUCUUGGCCUUGAGCUGCCGCUCCUUUUCCAGAUCGGCCUGGUGUGCGGCCCACCAGGCGGCUUCCAGCUUCAGAUACGCCUGAAACAUACACCAAACAGCACCACUCAUUAUGAGUCAUCGCUAUAGUUGUUUCUAGUUGCCGAAGCUAGGUGGAUUACCUCUCUGUGGAAGCGAAGCUUGGCGUCCUUGGCCCAGAGGAGUCUCGCCGCCUGCCCAGGGUCGCCAGCCGCUUGGCGCAGGUCGUCGACCAGAUGCCGAAGAUGGUCGAUCUCCUCGUUCUUGUGCAGCACCAGCUGCCCCAAACCAGCCGGGUGCUGCUCCGUCAGCAUCUGGUCGAGGUGGGCUAUCCUGGCAUUCAUGUCGCUGCGCAUCUUCACGUACACCUCUAUGUGGCGGUCGUGGAUGGACUUCUCGACGAACUCGCCAACUGACACACAAACCGGCAAGGGCGCGCACACACACACACACACACAACAGGUGGGUUGAGGUCAGGUGUUGUGUUGUCCUGUCACUGUCGUACCGGUGUCCACUGUGACGCUGGUGGGAUGCACGUUGCCAUACACCCACACCCGGGCUUUGGCCGUGCCGUCUGAGCAAAGAAAGGCACACACAAUCGCAACCACACAUCAUGCAUGAUGUGAGCAGCCAAUACCAACCGGUCUGGGCAACGUCAUCGGCCGUGUCGGGAAUGGCGGACACCUCAGCCUCAUGGAUGUCAGCUGGGCCAUCUGCGAGAGAAACACAAACAAACAGCCACAAAUCAGAGGUCUGCCUGUCCCCUGGAACAUACUCUUCAAGAAUGCGUACCUUCAGCAGCGGCAGCCUCCUCCUCGUCCUCCUCAGCAGCUCCCUCAGCAGCAGCAGCCCCUCCUCCCUGGCGUGUCCCUGAAGACGCACACAGGUAGAAGAAACACCGUAUGCAUCUAUGGUGUGUUGGUUGCUUGACCCAUUCACUCCUCGAUGAGUGAGGGUGAUCUUUCUUACCCUUGAUUUCCUUGAUGAUCUCGUCAACCAUGGUGGCCAUGACCACCCCCACGAGGACGAUGAAGGGGCAGCCGACAACGCCCAUGCCGAAGCCGUACGCCAUGGCCGCCCCGACGCCGCCUGCCGCCCCGGACAAUCCAGCCACGCCGGCUGCGCCCGUGGCUGUGGUGAGGACAAAGGGCAUGAUGCUGAUCUGUCGUCGGUGCCAAUGCUCUUUCUCGUCGUCCUUUCUUUCUCCCUCUGGUGAGCUAAGCUCGCAGAAGGCGAUCGCUUUUGUAGCUCGCACCUGUUGCAU